UUUCAAUAUCGAUUUUGGAUCGCGCCUUUUUCGAAAAUAUUUCUAAUGGGUUGUGCUGAAAGUACAGAAAGACGAGCCGCUGAAGCUCGCUCCCGAGAUAUUGAUAAAACUUUAAGAGCUGAUGGUGAGGCAGCAGGCAGAGAGGCAAAACUCUUGCUUCUUGGAGCAGGGGAGUCAGGGAAGAGCACCAUCGUUAAGCAAAUGAAAAUUAUCCAUAUGUCGGGUUAUUCUGAAGAAGAAUGCAAGAAGUAUAAGCCUGUUGUAUUCAGCAAUACUAUACAAAGUAUGGUUGCUAUCCUGAGAGCAAUGGAACAGUUACAGAUAGGCUGUGCAUGUCCAAACGCAGUGAAUGAUAUUACUACUAUUUUGAAUCUUGCACGAACAGAUAUAGAUGUCCUCCCUGAUGAGGUGUCCAGUGCCUUGAAGAGGUUAUGGUAUGAUCCGGGUGUUCAAGCAGCUGUGAGUAGAUCGCGUGAAUUUCAACUGAAUGAUUCUGCAUCAUAUUUCCUUGAUUCUUUGGAUAGGCUGUCAAGUCCAGGAUAUAUUCCUACACAGCAGGACGUUCUUCGUACAAGAGUUAGGACGGGUGGAAUUGUAGAAACACACUUUACUUUUAAAGGAUUGAAUAUAAAAAUGUUUGAUGUUGGAGGUCAGCGUUCUGAAAGAAAGAAGUGGAUUCAUUGUUUUGAAGGUGUAACAGCAAUCAUUUUUGUGGUUGCUAUAAGUGAAUACGAUUUAACUCUUGCUGAGGACCAAGAAAUGAAUCGAAUGAUGGAAUCAAUGAGGCUUUUUAGUUCAAUAUGCAACAACCAGUGGUUCAGGGAAACAAGCAUCAUUCUAUUUUUGAAUAAGCGAGAUUUAUUUGAAGAUAAAAUUAUGAAAUCUCCAUUAACUAUAUGUUUUCCUGAUUACACUGGUGGAAAUAAUUAUGAAGAAGCAUCAGAAUACAUUCGAACACGUUUUGAAAAUCUGAAUACUCGAAGCGAAUCAAAAGAUGUUUAUUCUCACUUUACAUGCGCAACAGAUACAAGCAAUAUACAGUUUGUUUUUGAUGCAGUUACUGAUGUGAUUAUUAAAAAUAAUCUCAAGGACUGUGGAUUGUUUUAAUAUCUUUUAGGAAUAUAAUAUUUUUUUUGUUUCGGAAAUGUUAUGUAACAAGUUUUGUAAAUGAGUUUUAGUGGUAUAUGAUCUCUUAUCUGUGUAUGCUUUCAGUCUGUCUUUUAUAGACUUUAAAAAUUAUCACUUUAUCUAAAGUUUACCAACAGCUUCACUUUAUAUAUAUAUAUAUAUAUAUAUAU